AUGCUGUUACUAGUCAAGGUCAUCCUCACCCUGUGGGUCUCCUGGGCUCGUGGACAAGGUCUUUCCUCUGGUAGUUGUGCUCUGCCCAUUCUCAGGGGGUUCCGCCCUCCACUCCAGGGGGAUGUAGUCACCAAAGAAUCUAGGAUCGCUGUGCAGCCUGAAUCUUUAUAUCUCUUAAAUCAGAAAGUAAAAUAUAAGUGCAAACAAGAUUAUGUAACAGAAGAUGGUCACACAUCCGGGUCUAUUAUGUGUCUCCAGAAUGGAUGGUCAGCUCAACCCAGAUGCAUUAAAUCUUGUGGUGUGCCAGUAUUUGAGAAUGCCAGAGCCAAAAGUGAUGGCACAUGGUUUAAGGUCAAUGACAGGUUGGCCUAUGAAUGCCAGGAUGGAUAUAAAAACCGAGAUGGACACACCGUAGGCUCCAUAGUCUGUGGUGAAAAUGGUUGGUCUGAUAUACCCACCUGUCAGGAAAGAGAAUGCAUCGUUCCCGAUAUAGAGCAGAACUUAAUUGUUCAACCCCAGAAAGAGAAAUAUGUCAUUGGAGACGUGUUGAAAUUCUCCUGCAGAAAUAGAUUCCUCACUCUCAUCGGAGCAGACUCUAUUCAGUGCUACCACUUUGGAUGGUCCCCUAGCCCUCCGACAUGUAAAGGUGAUUAAUACUCUGACA